AUGCGUCUCUCGAGCCUCGCCCUUCUUGUUACGACAACUCCCAUAGCUUUGGGGUGCACUUUCGGAUUCGACUUCAGCCAUACCUAUGGAACCUGGGGUGGGGCUAACUCAGUCAGGUGCAUAGCUUUCAUAUUCGAGAGUGACAACCCGGAUAUGCAUAACCAGGAGAAGGAUGCUGCUGUCGAGACGGGAUGCAGCGGGGGUUGCCAUAACCUUGAAUACAAAGGAAAAACAUACGAAUUCUGCUAUGAAAGCGCCGCCAGCAACAGAAUGAAUGGAGAUGCUACCAUUCAACGCGUUGAUGGUGGUGUUAAGGUUAAUAUUUGGCCGGAUGGAGUGGAGAAGAAGUCUGUCUUUAGCGGCGGCGUCACCAGUAUCGCUAGAAGCACGUACCACCGGUCUAACAUUAAGUGCCCAAGUGCUUGA